AUGUACCUAAUACUUGCCUAUUAUUAUGCUUGCGCUGAACCUCUAUCCAAGCCAAGCUUUUGGCCUAGUUUUAUAAAAGAAGAAGAAGAAGAAGAAGAAGAAGAAGAAGAAGAAGAAGAAGAAGAAGAAGAAGAAGAAGAAGAAGAAGAAAGGACAGGCUUCGACUUCAAGGCCAUAGGUGGCACGACGCGUGAACAUAAAUAUAAGUGA